AAUGAAUUCAAAAUCAAACAAGGUGACUUGGCAAACUAUGUCAAAUGAACCAAGUCUGUCUUCAAUAGAAAGUGGAUUUGUUUCUUUAACUGGAUCGAAAGCAAAAGAAACAGUGAACGGUAGAAAUGAUCUUAAUAUGGAGAAAAAUAAAGAUAUCAAAAUUUUCGUUGAAAAUGCAAGAAAUGCUAUGAAGGACGCUCAGAAGGAAAAGAAAAGUAAUUUUCAGGUAUUUUUUUCGAAUUAUAGGUAUAAAAUUGUUGAUUAGAGUUAAAGGUCUCAAUACUCGGCCUUUUAGAUUUCUAUAUUUUCAAACCGAGGCCAGUAAGUCCAAGGUACCAGAGUUGUGGGCGCUCCUCCACAUCCCAGCUUUUAAAUGUAAAUCCCCCUUAAUCCUUCUAAAUCCUUCAAUAUUUCCUUUUAGAGGUUGUAG